AUCUCCAAUAAGCCUCCCCACCCCUACACCCAAGGGGAAGGAGUCUUAUUCUAAUAAAAUUUCCGAGCAAAAUAUUAAAAAAAUGUCAGGAAAGAUAAUUAUAUCUAUUGUUUCUCUUAUACUUAUUGUAGGUGUUGCCAUCGGUGUUGUUGUUGUUGUUCACAAAAAAGGUGAAGAUCCUGAGAUUCAAACUCAACAAAGAUCUCUUAGAGUUAUUUGCCAAAAUGCAGAAGACCAAAAACUCUGCUAUGAAACUCUAAGCUCUGUCCGUGGCGCCGACGCUGCAGAUCCUAAGGCAUACUUAGCGGCUGCUUUGAAAGCAGCCACUGACAAUGUCAUUAAGGCAUUUAACAUGAGUGAUAGACUCACUGUUGAGUACGGCGACAAGGAUAUGCACACCAAGAUGGCUCUUGAUGGCUGCAAAGAGAUGAUGGAGUUUGCUUUGGACAGUCUUGAUCUCUCCACCACUGUGGUUCGUGACAAAAACAUUCUAUCUGUUCAUGCUCAAUAUGCUGAUCUCAGGAAUUGGUUGAGUGCAGUUAUCUCUUACAAACAAGCUUGCAUGGAAGGAUUUGACGAUGAAAAGGAGGUUGAGAAGAAGAUUAAGGAUCAAUUGCAUACUCAGACUAUAGACCGCGCGACAAAGGUCACCGUUGUGGCUCUUGACAUUGUGUCUGAUUUGUCCAACAUACUCCAAGAAUUCGGUUUGAAAUUGGAUCUCAAACCUGCCUCUCGUCGUCUUCUAUCUGGGGAAAUUGAUAAUGAGGAAGGAUUCCCUACAUGGGUCUCUGCUACUGAUCGCAUGCUUUUGGCUCAAAUGCAAAGAAACAAUUGGAGAUCAACAAUUAAGCCCAAUGUUGUUGUUGCCAAGGAUGGUACUGGCCAAUAUAUAACAGUUAAGGGUGCUAUUGAAUCUUACCCUAAGGGAUACAAAGGAAGAUAUAUUAUCUACGUUAAGGCUGGUGUCUAUGACGAGUACAUCACUGUCCCCAAAUAUUGCACUAAUUUGACUAUCUAUGGUGAUGGCCCUCAACAGACCGUUAUCACUGGUCAAAAGAGUGGUAACAAGAAUGGUAUCAAAACCAAUUAUACCACCAUGUAUACCGCCACCUUUGCCAACACAGCACCUGGGUUCAUUGCAAAGGCAAUAAAAUUUGAGAACACAGCCGGUCCUAAUGGUCAUCAAGCUGUAGCUUUCAGAAACCAAGGAGAUUUGUCUGCUAUUGUUGGUUGUCAUUUCAUUGGUUACCAAGACACCUUGUACGUUCAGACCAACAGACAAUUCUACCGCAACUGUUUUAUCUCUGGUACCAUCGAUUUCAUCUUUGGAACGUCUAGCACCUUGAUCCAACGCUCUGAGAUCCAAGUAAGGAUGCCCAACAACGACCAAUUCAACACAAUUACCGCAGAUGGAUCAGAAACUUCCAAGAAGACGAACACUGGUAUUGUGAUCCAGGACUGCCAGAUCGUCGCAGAGGAAGCAUUGGUAAAGUCCCAACUCAGAUCUUACUUGGGCAGGCCAUGGAAGAUAAAUUCAAGGACAGUCUUCAUGGAAUCCACCAUCGGUGGCUUUAUUAGUUCAGAUGGAUGGAUCCCUUGGAAAAAUAAUGUCACUGGUCUUGAUGAAAAUUUCGACACAUGUUACUAUGCAGAGUAUGCCAACACUGGACUUGGUGCCAAUAUUUCCGGAAGGAUCAAGUGGAAGGGUUAUCACAGUGCCAUUAGCAUGGCUGAGGCUAAAAAUUUCACCGCUGCUGAAUGGCUCAAGGCUGAAAACAUGUCCACAUCCACCUGGUUGCAUGAUCUUCAUGUUCCUCACUACCUUGGCUUCAAAGCUUGAAAAUUAAUUAGACAUGUAACUUACUCAUGAGUGUGAAUGAUGGCACACAGACAAUUUGUUAUUCUUUGUAAUUAUCUUUCCUGUUUUUAUCCAGGAGAUCUACCAUAAAUACAAAUCAAAAUUUGCUCGGACUAAACUA